AUGAAGACUGUUUGGACUAUUUCUCUUGCUGGAAGCGCAACGCUCGCCGGAGCGACGUUGACCUCAUUGCUCACAGCAGCAGCAACAACUAUAACCUCUACCGUGACUCCAACGCCUGCUCUUUUCCAACAUGAAAGGGUACAGUUGACGGAGGGCGUUCUUGAAAGAUUUUCGGCAGUUUUGCAAAAUGAUACCGUUGCCAACAUGUUCGCCUUUCCUCGCAACUCAACAGUAUCCAAAAGCGAUGUUUUGCACAGAUGCAAAGUCAUGCCAGGUGACACAGCCUGGCCCCUGGACACAACUUGGGAUGUCUUGGAUACUUUGCUCGGCGGAAGUCUGAUAAAGACAGUGCCAUUGGCGUCCUCAUGCUACUCAGACCGGCCAGAGUACGAUGCCACUAAGUGUGCGAGCAUUACAACGGAUUGGCUUUCCUCGGAGUUGCACAUGGCUGAUUCUGCUUCAAUAAUGCUACCGCUGUAUGAAGGUCGCUCAUGCUUGCCAUCGCCGUAUAACUAUACGUCAAGCUGCGAGCAGGGCGCGUAUCCGGUAUAUGCAGUCAACGUGACAACUGUGGCGCAGAUCCAGCUGGCUAUCAACUUUGCGCGCAACGAAAAUCUCCGACUGGUGGUCAAGAAUACCGGGCAUGACUUCAAUGGGAAGGCCUCGGGCAAAGGAGCCCUUUCUAUCUGGACACAUUAUCUGAAAGAGAAGGAAUAUCUUCCAGCCUUCAAGGCUGCCAAUGGAUAUCACGGUCCGGCCAUUAAGUUCGGCUCUGGAGUUCAGGUCUGGGAGGCUUAUGAGUUUGCUAAAUCCAUCGGUCACUCAGUUGUCGGUGGCGAAGCUGUCACCGUUGGGCUGGGUGGGGGCUACACCGCUGGUGGUGGUCAUUCCCCUCUGUCUAGCAUGUAUGGAAUGGCAGCCGAUCAAGUCCUUGUAAUGCAGGAUGGCCGCUUCAUCACUGCCAGUUCCACUGAGAAUGCCGAUGUCUUCUGGAUGCUGCGUGGUGGUGGUGGAAGCACAAUAGGAGUGGUCACCUCUCUGACAGUCAAGGCAUUGCCUCAGCUAGAGACCACCACCGUGACGUUCAAUUUCACAGUCAACGACACCCCGGGUCCAGAUGCUUUCUGGGCUGCAGUUGGAUCGUACUUGGACAAUUUCGAGAGAUUCGUUGACGCCGGCACUUACGGUUAUUACUACAUUGGUGCCUCGUCGGCCGAAAUAGGCACAACAUAUGCCGGUGAUACGGACUACUACUUCCGCAUGGAAUCUUUCCUGGCACCCAACAUGAGCGUUGCUCAGACAGAGGCUCUCCUAGAUCCAUGGUUCAACUCUCUCAACGCCUUGAACGUCUCCUAUACCCCGUGGUACAACCAUGCGGAUAACUUCCACGAUGCCUGGGUGGUAUCAUUCCCCGAAGAGUAUGUAGGGACCGACGUUGUCAAAACCGCUUCGCGUCUGCUCCCCCGAAGCGUGUUUAAAAACGACGAUCUUCGCAACCAAACUUGGGCUGCCUAUCAAGACGCCGUCGAUCAGGGUCUUUUCAUCGCCGGAUUCCACAUCAGCGGUACUGGUAUUGCCGUCGAGCCUCCAACCGAUACAUCUGUAUUGCCAGCUUGGCGCGAUGCCUUAACACAUGUUAUCGUCGGCUCACAGUGGAACUUCACCUCUCCCUGGAGCGUUAUCGAAGAUUCCUCACUCUUUGUCACCAAAUGGAUGGAUGUGCUACGUGAUAUUGCUCCAGACUCAGGCGCAUACAUGAGCGAGGCCGAUCUCAUUGAGCCGAAUCUCCAAGAAGCCUUCUAUGGCGUCAACUACCUGCGUCUGUAUGCACUUAAGCAGAAAUAUGACCCCACAGGCCUUUUCUUCGCCUUGACAGCUGUGGGAGCGGAGGAUUGGGAGGUUCAGACCACUGAUCCGUUGCCCUACUCAUGGAACAACAAUGGCCGACUCUGCCCGAAGUCCAGCUGA